AUGGCUCAUAGUGUGAGACUCGUCAUAGCUCUACUUCACAUAUUUGCAUUGUCAUUUCUAGACAUUCUUAAAAUAAGCAAUGGCUUAGAGAGUGACAUCUACUGCUUGAGGUCCAUUAGAGAUUCACUAGAAGACCCCCACAACUACUUGAAAAAUUCAUGGAACUUCAACAACAAUACCGCAGGUUUCAUCUGUGAAUUUGGUGGGGUUGAAUGCUGGCACCCAAAUGCUAAUGAGGUCUUAAAUAUCCAACUCAGUCACAUGAUGCUCAAGGGCCAAUUCCCUCGUGACAUUAAGAAUUGCACACAUUUAAUAGGGUUAGACCUCUCUGCUAAUGAACUUUCAGGACCACUCCCAUUUGUCUCUCAUUCAGUCUCAAAACUCAAUAACUCCAUAAACAAAUUUUUUGGGGAAAUCCCAAAGAGCUUUGUCAAUUGUAGUUUUCUAAACGUUCUUAAACUUGACCAUAAUCAACUAACUAGUCAAAUCUCUCCCCAAAUAAGCGACCUCAAUCGUUCGAAGUUCUUCAAUGUUGCUAACAAUCAGUUGUCAUGA